AGAUUGUUUUCCCUGGGAUCAAUGGACAACCAAGAGGUUCCCCAACGAAGAUGAUUUUCUGCCCUCAUUGACACCCAUAGAGAGCUCUCGGGGCACCCAAUUGACCGGCAAAACCAAAAAUAAGAAAGAAAAGGAAACCAGAACAAAGCAGACACAGAAAACAUGCCCAAGGCUGCGAGCAAGAGAGAGCGGUUCGCCGAGCUUCGCGCGCUGCGCCAGGCCGGCAAGAAGAAGUUCGACACGUACGAGGUCGAAGAGGUCGAGGAUCUCUACGAAGAGGUUGACGAGAACCAGUACAAGAAGAUUGUACGAGACCGCCUCAACCAGGAUGACUUUGUUGUCGACGACAAUGGCGAAGGAUAUGCCGACGACGGCCGCGAGGAGUGGGACCGCGUGCCCACCUACGACUCUGAAAGCGACGAUGACAAUACCAUGAUAGUACGCGGCAAGGACCGCAAAUCUAAGAAGCAGCGCGAGGAGGACCAGGCAAAACGGGAUGCCAAUGACAGGGACAUCUCCGAGUAUUUCACGAAAGGCGUAACCAAGUCACAGCCCAAGGCCAAGGUCGUCAAAACAGAAGACGACAAAAAGUUCCUUGACGACCUCCUGGGCGAGGUCGAUGCCAACAUUCCCGCUCCCUUACCCAGGAUACCCAAGAAGAAAGACGGCUCGGCUGAGAAGAGGAAGACCCGCGCACUCUCCCCCUUCAGAGAAGUGCGACAACCAGUUGCCAAGAAGACAAAGGUGCUUGACAACAGGCUCUCUUCUCCUUUGAUCGACGAUACUGCCAUGCUUCAAGAUGACUUUAUUCCGCCUGCCGAGGACGAGUUGCUCGCGGCACCCGACGUGGUUAUGAGCGAUCCCUUGCCCUCUUCCCCCGCAGCCAAAGUGGCAGAACGGAGGUCGCAGCCCCAGGUCGAGGUUGAGGAGGAGGAAGACGACGGCAUGAUGGAAGUCGGUCACGUCGGCACUGUUACUGCUGCUAGUGUCAACAUUUCCGCCUCGCGACAAAUCAAGAAGAUCAUCAAGCCUGAUCCAUAUCCAUCACCCGCGAGCUCGUCUCCAGUAAGAGCUCCCGACGCCGCCGUUGACUCUUCUUCCUGGAACGAGAUCAACAAGAAGCUGAAUGUCGUGAGCGGGCCACAAACCGAGGCCAGGACCAUUGGCAAGAUCGAUUACCGGGAUGCCAUUGAAGAGGACGGGAGUCUCAACAUGUUUUGGACCGACUACACUGAGGAGAACGGCAGUUUGUGUCUCUUUGGAAAGGUCCUUAACAAGAAGACGGGACGUCAUGUCAGCUGCUUUGUCAAGAUCGACAACAUUCUGCGAAAGCUCUACUUCUUGCCCCGCAAACAUCGAGUCAAGCACAAAGUGGAGACGAAUGAGCAGGUUGAGAUGAUGGAUGUCUACAACGAGGUUGACACCAUCAUGACCAAGAUGAACGUCGGCAUGUACAAGAUCAAGGCUUGUAGUCGCAAGUACGCAUUUGAACUGCCGGGGAUUCCGGCAGAGGGUGAGUAUUUGAAGCUGCUCUACCCCUACACUAAACCCGCCAUCGAACUGGGCACCCAAGGCGAGACCUUCUCGCAUGUAUUCGGCACGAACACGGCUUUGUUUGAGCAAUUUGUCCUCUGGAAGAGGAUCAAGGGACCAGGCUGGUUGAAGAUCCAGGAUGCAGACUUUGGCGCGCUCAAAAACGCAUCGCACUGCCGCCUCGAAGUCCUGGUGGAGCACCCCAACAUGGUCACGGCUAUGAGUGAUUCAGACAGCGCCGACGCACCUCCGCUAACGAUGAUGAGUCUUGCGUUGCGCACCGUAUUCAAUGCCAAGGACAACAAACAAGAGGUCUUUGCCAUCAGCGCAAGAAUCUACGAGGACGUGUCCCUCAGCGACAUGACCCCUGCCGAUAAACUUCCCUGCCGGACUUUUACUGUGAUCAGGCCACAGGGAUCUGCGUUUCCGCUCGGCUUUGAAAGGAUGGCCAAUGAGAGAAAAAUGGGACUUAUCAAGCUGGUGAAGCAAGAGCAGGACAUCUUGUCCUUCUUCUUGGCACAAGUCGAUGUCGUUGACCCGGAUGUGAUCUUGGGGCAUCAGCUGGAGGGCGUUGACUACAGCAUCCUGCUGAAUCGCCUCUACGAGAAGAAAACCCCGCAAUGGUCUCGCCUCGGCCGGCUGAGGCGGUCUGCGUGGCCUGCGUCCAUCGGCAAACUUGGUGGCAACGUGUUCACGGAACGCCGGAUAAUGGCCGGGCGUCUCCUCUGCGACCUCGCCAACGAUGCCGGCAAAUCCGUCAUGUUCAAGUGCCAGUCAUGGAGUCUGACAGAAAUGUGCAGUCUCUAUCUAUCAGGCGACAACCAUCGUCGGGAUAUUGAUAACGACGCGGCCCUCAAGACGUGGGCAACGUCAAAGGAGGGCCUGAUGGAUUACCUAUCGCAUGCCGAGACAGACACCUACUUCAUAGCCGCCUUGGCCUUCAGAACUCAGAUCCUUCCUCUUACCCAGGUCCUCACCAAUCUGGCAGGCAAUUCCUGGGCAAGAACGCUUACAGGCACACGAGCCGAGCGUAAUGAGUACAUCUUGCUCCACGAGUUUCACAGGAAUAAGUACAUCUGCCCGGACAAGCAGCCCUACAAAGGGCGGCCACGCCUUGACGAGGAGAACCCCGAGGAAGAAGGUGUCGAAGGCAAGAAGAAAGACAAGUACAAGGGCGGCCUCGUAUUCGAACCCGAGAAGGGUCUGUAUGACAAGUUUGUGCUGGUCAUGGAUUUCAACUCUCUUUAUCCAUCCAUUAUCCAGGAGUUCAACAUCUGCUUCACAACAGUUGAUCGGACGACAUUGUCUGAUGACGAAGAUGCGGUGCCAGCGGUCCCAACAACACAAGAUCAGGGCAUUCUCCCAAAACUCAUCAAGACGCUAGUCGACUGGCGAAAACAAGUCAAACACCUAAUGAAAGACAAGACCGCCACUCCGGAGCAGCUCGCAACCUGGGACAUUAAGCAGCUUGCCCUGAAAUUGACGGCCAACUCCAUGUACGGUUGUCUGGGUUACACCAAGUCGCGUUUCUACGCCAGACCCCUUGCCGUACUCACCACCUACAAGGGCCGUGAGAUUCUUCGCAGCACCAAGGAACUGGCCGAGAGCAUGUCGCUGCAGGUCAUCUACGGCGACACCGACUCCGUCAUGAUCAAUGCUAACGUGGACAACGUCGCGGACGCGCUGAAGCUCGGCCGCGAGUUCAAAUACGAAGUCAACAAGCGAUACACCCGGCUUGAGAUUGACAUCGACAACAUCUUCCGCCGCAUUCUCCUGCAAGCCAAGAAGAAGUAUGCUGCUGUGAGUCUCGUCGAGGUAAACGGCAAAUGGAUUGAGAAAUUGGAAAUCAAGGGCCUGGAUAUGAAGCGCCGAGAAUACUGCCCCCUGUCACGAGAGAUCUCGAAACGUCUCCUUGACGAAAUUCUCUCGGGCGAUGACACCGAGGCGUCUGUCCAGCGCAUCCAUGAGUACCUGCGCGAGAUUACCGGCAAGAUGCGCGAGCAAGCUAUCCCACCGCAAAAGUACAUUAUCCUCACCCAGCUCGGCAAAUCGCCCAAGGAGUAUCCCAACGCGGACAGCAUGCCACAAGUCCAGGUAGCCUUGCGCGAGAUGGCGCGCGGCAAAACGAUGCGCAAAGGGGACGUCGUCUCGUAUAUCAUCACAGGCGACAGCAAGACAACCUCGGAGCCGGCCGCCAAACGCGCCUACACCCCACAGGACGUGCUCAAAGCCGACUCGGGUCUGGCUCCGGAUGUGGAGUGGUACAUUGGCAAGCAAAUCUUCCCGCCCGUCGAACGGCUCUGCGCCAACAUCGUCGGCACCUCAACCGCGCAGCUUGCUGAGAACCUCGGUCUCGACGUGCGACGGUACGCGAACAACGCCAACUCCUCCAGUUCGAGCAACUCCAACCCCCUCGACAGAAUCCACCCGCUUGAGUCCCAAAUUCCAGACCACAUCCGCUUCGGCGACUGCGCGCGCCUCUCACUGCGCUGCCGCGCUUGCAAGACAAGCGCCCCGUUUGAAGGGCUGCUCGGCUCCGCCGACCGCGUGACGCCCGCCGGUGUGGCCUGCGCCAACCCCGCCUGCGGCGCCACCCUGCCGACCCUCUCUGUCGUCGCCCAAGUCGAGGCCGCCGUCCGCGCGCAAACGGCGCGCUACUACGAGGGCUGGCUCGUCUGUGACGAUUCCAGCUGCGGCAACCGCACCCGCCAAAUGACCGUCUACGGCACCCGCUGUUUGGGGCCCAAGGGUUUGGCGAGGGGGUGCCGGGGCAUCAUGCGCUACGAGAUGGGCGAGCGCGAGAUGUACAACCAGCUGGUCUACUUCCAGAGCCUGUUCGAUGUCGACAAGGCCAAGGCGUUAGCGCUGGCCGGUGGGGACAAUAUUCAGGCUGGCGAAGGGGAGACGACUGCCGAGCGCAAGGUAAAAAUCCUCGCGCUGGCGGAGCAGAAUCGGAAGAGGUUCGAGACUGUCAAGGGGGUCGUGGAUAAGUACCUGGAUAAGUGUGGGUUCCGGUGUGUCGCCAUGGCUUCCCUGUUCUCAAAGUUGGGGUUUGUGGCUGCUUGAUCGGGGUAAUCUUGGUUGGGUAGAGGGAACCUGUGUUGGACAUGACU